CCGCUAUAGCGCCCUUAGCGGCUUGAGCUAGCGGCCGUCACGGCACCUGUCUGCGCCUGUGGAGAACCACUGCCGUUCCCUUUCGCUUUCUUUCCCUUUGGGGCGUCGUACCACAGCGAACAACGCAGCGCACCGUAACGCCGCCGCCUCCUUGGCUUCUGUCUUCUGACAUUCUUCCAGAGACACACACACUCGUUUCCCGCCCUUUUUGUGCUUCUUCAUCAUCAACCACGCUCAUUAAGCACAUCACAUUUCGUAUUUCAUUUUCAGUUUAAUUUCCGGCGCGAUUCUCUCUCGUAUCGACCGGCAUCGUGUUUGGUUGAUUUUGGCCCCCAUCGACAUCAUCUACCGACGCAUCAACCCAAAACACGCUUAGACACAGCAGCACGGCCGAUUUGUAUAGCGACAUCUCUAUUCUUCGUCAUGCGAUUCUCACUGCGGCGUGCCGUAGCCGUGGCAGCUGCCGCCCUCUCGGUGCCAUUCGCUUCCGCGGCAGACGAACCUGGACAAUCGAGCUUUGUAACACCAGACGGAUCGCUUGGAUUCGCCAUCACCGUCGCCAACGACAAAUCCAGCUACAUGGUUAGCCUCCGCAUGUCUACCUCCCGCUCCUGGGGUGCUUUCGGCCUCGGUAGCGACGACAUGUUUGGUGCCCUCAUGUUCAUCAUCUACCAAGGCGAAACUAGCGGCAACGUUACCUUUUCUCCCCGUGUCAGUUACCACAACUACGAACCCGAAUACUAUGGCGAACUCCCCUACAAAGUGUUCGACAACCUUACUACCGUGGCGGACGGCUUCAUGUCUGUCACCGCGCAGAUUAACGACUUGAGAUGGCCCCAGAUGGAAUCUCCAAACGGCGGCUGGUUUGAUUAUAGCAGACCCGAUGAGCCUGCAAUCUACGCCCUUGGACCUAAGCAGAAACUCUACAGCGACGCCAAGGAUGCCAACCUCCGCUUCCACGAGGAGUUCGGCGUUGUCGCUGUCAACUUGAAGCGAACACAUACCUUUGAAGAUAUCCCUGCGCUGAACAAGGAUACUAAAAGCGAUGGCAUAACUUUGCGCUACAAUAAAUCGAACCAGGUUGACACAAGAUCGACACUACACGCGACUUUCAUGGUUCUCGCUGUUCUGGUGCUUCUACCUCUUGGUGUUGUCUUCCUGCGCGUGACAAAAUGGACAAAAUGGCAUGGAUUCACCCAGCUUAUUGCUCUCAUCAUCAUCUUGGCCGCCGUUGGACUCGGAAUUGCAGACAGCUUCUAUUACAGAAGGUCGUGGCACUUCAACUCUGCGCAUCAAAUUAUUGGACUUAUUACACUCGGCCUGCUCAUCACGCAACUUACUCUCGGCGUUUUCCACCACAUGGAAUUUCAGAAAACACAAGGCCCUACUUUUUGGAGCCCUAUUCAUCUUUGGCUUGGCCGCGGUGUCAUGCUGCUGGCUUGGAUCAACUGCUUCCUUGGAUUCCGCUACGCCAUGAACGAAAAGACAGGCAUGAUUAUUGCCGGCGUCAUCAUCUUGAUUCUCUUUGGAUGCCUCUUUUACCUAUUUUGGCUCCAGCGUGCUGCUAAGAAACGCCGCGAUGCUGCUCUUUUUGGUUCAGCCCAGGCGGCCGAGUAUAGUGACAUAAACCAACAGGGCGACCGGGAAGGCCACCAACAAGGCAUUGAUCUCCAGACUGUGUCUCCCUGGAAGAGCGCUAAAGGCAAUGCCGGCCAUACAUACGUUGACGAGCCUGAGCUGGGCGCGGUAGCAACACCAAAGGCUGCUCAAUAAGGGGCGGAUUGUAUGAACUAAAGGACACACGAUAUAUCUAUUUUAAUUCGGGUUUCGAUGUUUUUGGCUUACCUUCUUUUCUGUAAGCUUUGGGUUAGGUUGGCGUUGACAUGGUUCAGUUGCUCACGUUGCUGCAUUUCUUUUUAACAAUACCAUCCUAUAAACAGUUGCGUUUCUAUUCAAGCAGAAGAUGUAUUGAUACUAUGGUAUAUUUAUGCUGAAUUCAUGAAGUCAUUAUAGUCGUUGAGUUUCGUGCUGGCGUUGUUUGGUACAAUGUCUACUCCUGGAUGUCAUCUCCCUCAAGCACAAUCUCAUGGCCGUUUCCUUCUUUGACGAAGAGGCUGGCAAUAAACGUUACUACAGCAACAAUGCUUAAUAUCCAAAAGACAAGCCCGACAAUGCCCUCGUUUAAACCGUAGCCAUACACCACACCGCCAACCAUGGGCCCAAGAGUGCGGGAGGCACUGCCUACAGUCUGGGCGAUACCAUGAACUGUGGCCAAAACGCUAGGAUGAGGAGAGCUGUUGUUGACAAUAAGAAUGUGACUUGGGAUAGAAAAUGUGCGGGCUACUACGUGUAUAGUAAGCACUGUUGCGAGUGUCAUCCAUAUAAGGAGUCCAGUCUUAGCUGUAGGAGGCGCUUGGUCGCCGGGAACGAUGGAGAGAUACGGGACGAGGAAGUAGACGACUGGAUACAGAGGCAUCGCCCAUCGCCACAAACUAACAAUGUUAUAGCGUGCCGCGACGCCUGGGUAUAGGAACACCUGCAUGAUGAUGCCCAGAAACCCAAUGACAGCCAUGGCGAAGCCAACCUCUUGCGGCUGCAUUCCUAGACCGCCGGUGAAUUGGAAAGGAAGACGUGUGGUGAGGUUGGAUUUGGCGGGAUCGUGUACUGGCGUCGAAAGGAAGACAAACCACAGCGAGUUGAAGGUGCCCAAGUGGAACGUCACCAAAAAGUGGACAAGUAAUGUGAUGAUGAAGUUGCGUGUGAAUACGCGACGAAACGGAAGUUUCUGCGUAUAUCGUUUUGCGGGUUUCUUCGGCGCGGUAUUCUCGUCAACGAGCUCAACAUCGUGAGAGGCAAGGGGAGCGUAUUCAAUAUCGGCGUGGUGACCUCUCUUUGUGACUCUUCGAACAAAUUUGGCUAGCCGCUUGCCAACUUGUAUACCGCGAUCCGGUAGGCCUUGUCGGCUGUCUAGCGUUUCCUCGAGGCCUAGCCAAACGGCACAAGCAGCGAAAAAGAGAAAUCCGGCGCUGAAGAGAUUCGGGGCGGCAUAUGGGAAGGCCUUGAAGAAGCCAAUGGAGCCAAAGGUCGAUGGAUAGCUUGAAGCUAGAUCGGAAAGCAGGCCGCCCAGGAUCGGGCCAAUGGUGAUGCCCACGUUAGCUGUCAUGGGGAUCAACAGGAAUGCUCUAGACUGGAAUCGCUUUUCUCGAAUUGUCUCGCUGACCCUGGCGCAGAGUUAGUACAUGAGUGGCUAGUGGAUCAAGAAGAAUGAACAGCAGUCUUACAUCGUUCGGAUAAUGCCCACGUUUCCGUUGGUGAUGCCACCGAGGAUUCGAAAGAGUAAUGCUUGCCAGAAGCUAGUCGCAAAGGCAAACCCAACACAUGAGAGCGCCGUGCCAACCAA